CCGCUGCCAAGAAGUGGGGUGACGGGAAGUAUGUCCUAAAUGGCUGUAAAACGUGGAUCACCAACGGUACGGUUGCUGAUGUUUUACUCGUGUACGCAAAGGUGGAUGGCAAAAUUACCGCUUUUGUGGUGGAAAAGGGGACGCCUGGGUUUACAUGUGGUACAAAGAUUGACAAGUGUGGUAUGCGAAGCUCCCAAAUGUGUCAAUUGUUUUUUGAUAAUGUGGAGCUGGACAAAACGAACAUAUUGGGUGAGGAGGGAAAGGGAAUGGUGGGGAUGAUGCGCAACCUCGAGAUUGAGCGUCUCACGCUUGCCGCUAUGGCGAUUGGUAUCGCAGACCGCUGUGUGGAGCUUAUGACGAGGUACGCUAGUGAGCGUCAGGCGUUUGGAAAGCCCAUAUGGAACUAUGGGCAGAUUCAGCGUCUCAUUGCCGAGAGCUACGCAGAGACGGAGGCAGCCAAAGCCCUCACGUACUCUGUUAGCCGCAGCGUGUCGCCGACAUCUAAUAAUCGUUUAGGCAGCGAUGCAGCAAAAUUGUUUGCUGCCCCAGUUGCGAAGCGUGUGGCGGACAACACGAUGCAAGUGAUGGGCGGCAUGGGGUACUCCCGGGAAAUGCCGGUGGAACGGCUGUGGCGGGAUGCCAAGUUACUUGAAAUUGGUGGCGGAACAAUUGAGGCGCACCAAAAAAAUAUAACAAAAGACUUAAUAAAGGAGUUGUAG